AUGGGUGUUUUGAUUUAUGACGAUCGUGAUGCAGCCAUCACGUACACUGGAACUUGGGGUCAGGCGGGCAGCGAUCGCGAGUUUAACUCUACCACGACAUGGACAGUCGACGAUGGUGCUACAGCGACCAUAAACUUUGUCGGAACUGGGAUCUCGGUCUAUGGAACCAUUGCUGGUGGCAUUGCCAGAAGAUCUCCCAGGUCUUCAUAUGCCAUUGACGACGAGGACGAAGUCAUCUUCGAAGGAGACCCGGGACUCACCGUCCAGUACAACCAGCUCUUCUACCAGUCCCCAACAUUAUCCGAAGGCGAGCACACCUUGACUAUCACCAACCUCGCCACAGAUGGUCAACUGUUCCUGGAUGUCCUCAUGGUUGAACCUCUCGAGAGGCCGCUGGUCACGACAGUAACGACGACAGCUACAGCGACUGCCUCCGCUGCUACUCAGCCUGUACAAACGGUCACUGUGACUGCGUCUGCUCCGGGGUCCCUUGCGUCUGGUACCGCGGAGGAUGCGCAGACAUCGGCUGUGGGAGCACAGUCUGGAGGCGCCAAUACUGGUGCCAUUGCUGGUGGUGUCAUUGGCGCUAUCCUAUUCCUCCUGCUUCUCGGUGCAGGCUUUGCAUUCUGGAAGCGGAGGAAGAAUCGAAAGGAUGUCGACGUUUCAGACAACUUCUGGAUAGCCCCGCCGCCUCCUGCUGGAAAGAUCGACCCAUUCCCCCCGCCAAAACCUCAGUCCCCACCAAUGUCCCAGACUUCGUUUGGAGGUUACCAAUCGCAACCUUACAACCAACCAGCAUACCCUUCGAACCCGGCUGUCGCUCCAUACCCUACACCUAGCCAGACCGCUUUCAACGCUUCGACUGCACCUCCGAGCGAGCUUGCCUAUUACAGUGGAACCGCCGAUGACUACAACACCCAGGACUACAACGCCCCCAGCCAGUACCCGCAGAACUACAAUUCUGGACCUUCACAGUGGUCUGGCAAUAAUGCGACGCCAGGUCCCAAUGGGCGAGUUCGAAUCAAUCUGAAUGAUUGA